AUGUGUAGGAUAGUUCCAGAAGACGCUUCGCAGUCGAACUGGACGUUGGUCCCGGUGUCAGCCUCCUGGACGCCGCAUUCAAAGGUCUACCAAAACCACAAAAAAAAAGAAAGGCUUUUUGGAUCUUGUCUUUGCGUCUCGGUAGUUGUGAAGUUUUACGUAGGACGCUCCUGACGUUUUUAUCAAAUUUGUUAGCAAGUUAGCUCGUUUGGAAAAAAAAUGUUGAGCGCUGCUAGAACCAUUUCAAGGUCUCUGCCGACAAGGUCGUGCUCCAGGAACGUGUCAUCUCUGGUGAAGAAGGCGUGCUGGAGUGGCUUCAAACCAGAUGUCCUUGGAAACCUGUCCAGAAGAAACUAUGCAUCUGAAGCCAUCAAGGGCUCCGUCAUCGGCAUCGACCUGGGAACCACCAACUCGUGUGUCGCAGUCAUGGAUGGGAAACAGGCCAAGGUGCUAGAGAACGCAGAGGGAGCCAGGACGACUCCUUCAGUUGUUGCUUUCACAGCGGAGGGGGAGCGUCUGGUGGGCAUGCCAGCUAAACGGCAAGCGGUCACAAACCCGCAGAACACUCUGUACGCCACCAAGAGGCUGAUCGGACGGCGCUACGACGACCCAGAGGUCCAGAAGGACCUGAAGAACGUCCCCUACAAGAUCGUUCGAGCGUCGAACGGGGAUGCGUGGGUCGAGGCUCACGGGAAAAUGUAUUCGCCCAGCCAAAUGGGAGCCUUUGUUCUGAUGAAGAUGAAGGAGACCGCAGAGAACUUCAUGGGAACCAAAGUGAAGAAUGCCGUCAUCACAGUUCCAGCGUACUUCAACGACUCUCAGAGACAGGCGACCAAAGAUGCGGGGCAGAUUGCCGGUCUGAACGUUCUGCGUGUGAUCAACGAGCCGACGGCCGCAGCUCUGGCCUACGGUCUGGACAAGAGCCAGGACAAAAUCAUUGCUGUGUACGAUUUGGGCGGGGGGACAUUUGACGUCUCAGUCCUGGAGAUCCAGAAGGGAGUGUUUGAGGUCAAGUCCACCAACGGAGACACCUUUCUGGGGGGAGAGGACUUUGACCAGCAACUUCUUAAACACAUCGUGAAGGAGUUCAAGAGAGAAUCUGGCGUGGACCUGAUGAAGGACAACAUGGCUCUGCAGAGAGUCCGAGAGGCAGCAGAGAAGGCCAAGUGCGAGCUGUCGUCGUCUCUGCAGACGGACAUAAACCUGCCGUACCUCACCAUGGACGCCUCUGGGCCCAAACACCUGAACAUGAAGCUGACCCGGUCCCAGUUUGAGGGCAUCGUGGCCGACCUGAUCCGCCGCACCGUGGCUCCAUGCCAGAAGGCCAUGCAGGAUGCCGAGGUGUCCAAGGGCGACAUAGGGGAGGUGCUGCUGGUCGGUGGCAUGACGCGUAUGCCGAAGGUUCAGCAGACCGUCCAGGACCUGUUUGGCCGCGCUCCCAGCAAGUCCGUCAACCCAGACGAGGCCGUUGCCAUAGGAGCAGCCAUUCAGGGCGGGGUUCUUGCCGGUGAUGUCACCGACGUCCUGCUCCUGGAUGUGACGCCUCUGUCUUUGGGUAUCGAGACCCUCGGCGGCGUUUUCACCAAACUCAUCAACAGAAACACUACAAUCCCCACCAAGAAGAGCCAGGUGUUCUCCACAGCUGCUGAUGGACAGACGCAGGUGGAGAUCAAGGUGUGUCAAGGUGAGAGAGAGAUGGCGUUGGACAACAAGGUGCUGGGUCAGUUCUCUCUGGUGGGGAUCCCGCCCGCCCCUCGUGGAGUUCCUCAGAUCGAGGUCACCUUUGACAUCGACGCCAACGGCAUCGUCCACGUGUCCGCCAGGGACAAAGGGACGGGGCGCGAGCAGCAGAUUGUGAUCCAGUCGUCCGGGGGUCUCAGUAAAGACGACAUCGAGAACAUGAUCAAGAAUGCAGAGCGGUACGCGGAGGAGGACCGGAGGAGGAAGGAACGCGUGGAGGCCGUCAACAUGGCCGAGGGCAUCAUCCACGACACCGAGUCCAAGAUGGAGGAGUUCAAGGAUCAGCUUCCAGCUGACGAGUGCUCCAAGCUGAAGGAGGAGAUCACCAAGGUCAGGGACAUCUUGGCCAACAAGGAGGCAGAAACGGGGGAGAACAUCAAGCAGGCGGCCAACAGCCUGCAGCAGGCGUCACUCAAGCUCUUCGAGGUCGCAUACAAGAAGAUGGCAGCAGAGCGUGACGGCGGCAGCAGCGGCGGCAGCUCCUCCUCCAGCACGGAAGGAGAGAAGAAGGAGGGUCAGCAGUAAACUCCUGCACUUGCUGGAGAGCCUCGGUGACAACAGAGGACUUUUGAGCUUGGGGAGGGUGACGGGGACGGGGGGAGGGCCCGUUCGGACUCAUUCUUUCCAUAGUGUAUUAUUCUACUGUGUUUUGGCAGUAAAAUAUUCUAGAAAAUAUAAAUGUCCACUUCAUAUAUCGUCUGUCUGUAAUUUAAUUUUGGCCGCAUUGUGUUUAUUUUUACAAAACUGUUGAUUUCCUUUGUUAGUAAAAAUUUCCUCUUUUCCUUCUGACGUCUGGAGUCGGAUUUUUUUCUCGCACGCUGUGCUUCAUAUCGGCCGUGGAGACAUUUUCAGUUUCAUUGCUAAAAUUCACCAACUUUCCCUCAUAACCGUCCGGUUACAAACGCAUCCGGUAGACGUCUGCACGGACGGCGUGCGCCAGGCGGAGGAAGUCGCAGGAAAGUGUGGUGGCGCCUCUUCGGUCAUCGGCGGCGAUGGAACGCAUCAGAAUGAGUGUUAGGACGCCUUGCUGGCACAGCCGGAGGAUGGAGCUCAGCUUCUCGUCCCAUAGACCUGAGAUUGAUUAAAAAAAAAAAGAAAUGGAAGGGACGAUGCUGCCCUCUGCUGGUCAAACUGGCCUCCUCCGACGAGGGUGGAUGGAGGGCAGGCGGUGGAUUUAUAUUCUGUGAAAUCCGGGGUUUACGGUAACUGUUGCUGUCUUUUCUAAUAAAACUCAAACAUGGA